UCUGGUCUGGUCAGGAUUGGUCUGGUCUAGUCUAGUCUGGUCUGGUCUGGUCUGGUCUGGUCAAUUAACUGGAGACCAUUUCCACAUGUGGCCAUUAAACUAUAUAACUUCUCCCAUUUGGAGUGUUAAAUAGCUGGUCUAUGAUAUAGAUAUAGUUAUUAGUUAUAGAUUUUCAUGACGCACAUAUAAUGUUAAUAUAUUGAGCAAUUUAAUGAAAUAAUUUCAGUGAAAAUAAUAAUUUAUUUUAAUUAAUAUCAAUAAUAACUGUGUGCAAUAAUUAUCAUUAUAGUGCGAGUUUCUGCUUCAUUGCUGCUACACAUUUUAUUUUAUUUUAUAUACAACAAUAAUAAUUUUUAUAAAAAAUCUUGUUUGUUUAUUUCACUUGAAUCUUUAAUUUGAUUGUGAGCAACUGCAACAAUCAAUAAAGUAUUCUGAUUGGAAUUGAUUAACGCCUUUACUCAGUAUCCUGGACACUGUCUAUAAUCUUAUGCUAAUAAUAUGCAUUUAUAGUAUAGUCUUCUAUAUUUAAUGCAUUUUUUGUCUUAUUAAUAAUGUCUUCUUGAUUAUAAUAAACUCUUGUUUUUGUUGCUCGUGUGCAACCUUUACAAAUCGUUUCAAACUGGUGAUAUGCAAAUAUUAAUUAUUUAUGCAUAAAAUAAAAUAAAAAGGUUUAAAUGUUUUAUUCCUGUUACAUCAUAUUUAUCUCUCUAUUUUUUAUUACAAUGUUUUAAACUUUUUAAAUACCCAUAAAGUCUCAGGAUGAACCAGUUUCUAUUUCCCGAGAGGCGAAGAGGCAGCAGAUACCGGAGACAUGAACAACACCUUAUUAAGUGAAAUAAGAUCACACAGGAGAUUAACAUCUGUUUGGGUUUUUUCCUUUGAACAGCACCAGCGAGGAUUACACGUGUAACACGUGUACUUACUGUAGGGCACAUUAAAUGUAAGCGCAUUCCAGGAAAUCCUGUGGCUUCGUAAACGGCGUGCAAUUUCGCUUUCCAUUAUGAGGAAUGCGGAACACACACACUGGUGUUAACUGCAUUUCAAACUGAGGAAUUAUUAAGCUUUCAUUAACUGUAGGAUAAUUAUUUUUCUCACACGACUGCCAGAUCAUGUGAUUUUUGAUCUCCAGGUUUUUUAUUUUUCUCGAGUGUAAAAAUAAAUUUAGUAAGUGACUUCUGUUAGACUGUAGAUGAAGUAGAUCCAGAAGAGUUACCAAGAAGGUUUUAGCAACUCAGAUCAUUAAAAGAGGACAUCAUGACCAAACCACAGACUCUAAAUGAACUGGGAGACUUGAAGGAGGUUGGAUUUGGCAAACCUUCUCCAAGACAUGGCCUCAAACUUCUUCACUGGUUUGCUAACAACUGUCUGUAUUUCGAUAACAACAACCAGAUGUGCUGGCGCUACAAUCCGCAAAAAGGACAUUUUGGUUUAAAAUUUUUUGGAAACAAGACUGGACUUCUGCCUUAUUCAAACCUCAAGUACUACGAGAUGGGCAAUCUGAGAGAAGCAGAAGACCUGCCAGAUUACGUUCGGGAUGAUUAUAUUCAAAACCGUAAUGAUUGUGACAGCAACAAAGAUAGAAUCAUUGUUAGCGUUAAUGAUAAGUGGCUCGACAGAGUCUAUGUGACUCAACACAAUGAUGGUAAGAAUGAUUUCAACAAGAACGCCACCUACUUCAUCAGCAAAGGCCUCAUAAUGAAUAUCACAAAUAGGAGCUUGGAGGACUUUCUCUCAAAAACUGGGUACUUGACAGAGCAAGAGAUUCCUGUUCAGAAUAAUGAGCAUACAACAGUGGACAUGGACUAUGAACAGAAUACUGGGAAUGAGAGGGUGACAGAGGACGACAGUCAAUGGGAAAAUAGAAAAUCUAAAAGCCCAUGUAGUUGUACCAUACUUUAAGCUCUGGAUGGAAAUGACAAAUGAGAGUUCUGUUAGAAAUCUAAAACAGUUAUUCUCACUACUGACAUUAACCCUUUAUAUAAAGAAUGAUCUCAUAAGA